AUGCCUGAACGACCAUUCGAAAGUGAUGAUGCUGGUAAACAACAGCAUGAACUGGAUGAAAAUUCACCAUCACAUAAUAACGAACAUUCUGGUGGAGAAGACGAUGAUGAACAUCAAAGUGAAGAAGAUGAUGAUCAAGAAGAUGAUAAUGAUGAACCAACACCUGAUUUUACGGAUGAUGAUUAUGGAUCAGAUUUUCCUGAUGAUGUUCUUUGUCCGGAAUUAAUGGCUGAACGUCCACAAGAGCAUGAAAGUCUUAAUAAUAUAAUUGUUGUGGAUAAUUUACCAAAAGUUGAUUCAGUUAAACUCGAAAAAUUAAAACAAGUAAUAUCAAAAGUAUACAGUAAAUUCGGAAUAUGUCGAAAUGAAUAUUAUCCAUUGGAUAAGGAUGGAAACACCAAAGGUUAUGGAUUUUUUGAAUUUCAAAAUGAACAGAUGGCUAUAGAAGCAGUAAAACAAACUGAUGGUUAUCGAUUAGAUAAAAAUCAUACCUUUUCCGUAAAUUUAAUGUCGGAUUUUGAACGAUUAACACAAGUUCCACCUGAAUCUGCUGAUACUGGUAAUCUAUUAUCUUGGUUAAGUGAACCUGAUGCUGUCGAUCAAUUUGCUGUUCAAUCGGAUGAACCAAAGAAAACCACUAUCUUUUCAAAUGCAUUAUCGGGACCUACUAUUCUUGACGAACGAAAUAAAUGGACAGAAAAUAAUUUUGUUUGGUCACCAAAAGGCACUUAUUUAGCAUCAUUUCAUGAGCAAGGUAUUGCCUUCUGGGGUGGUAAAGAAUUUCGCCAAGUACAACGAUUUGCUCAUCGUGGUGUUAAUUACAUUGAUUUCUCACCAUGUGAACGUUAUUUGGUAACAAUUUCACCACGUCCAAAUAAUCCUGAAGCAUUUAUUGUUUGGGAUGUUAUAACUGGAACAAAGAAACGUUCAUUUCCACUUGAUCAACAUUUUUCUCAAGGUCCAUCUUAUUUCAAGUGGUCUUUUCAAGAUCAAUAUUUUGCUAAACAAGGUCCCGAUGGUAUCUAUAUGUAUGAUACCGAAAGUUUUCAAUUAGUUGAUAAGAAACCAUUUAAAAUUCCAUCACUUGCUGAUUUUCAAUGGUCACCCACCGAUAAUCGUCUUGCCUAUUGGACAGCUGAAGAUGGAAAUGUACCAGCACGUUUAGUACUUGCCGAAGUUAAUGGUACUAGAUUGGAUGAAAUUCGAUCGAAAACUUUAUUCAAUGUUAUCGAUUGUAGAUUAUGUUGGCAAAAACGUGGUGAUUAUCUUGUUGUCAAAGUUGAUCGAUAUACAAAAAAGAGUGGUGAAAAAAAUAAUCCAAAAUAUUCAGGUUUAAUUUAUAAUUUCGAAAUCUUUCAUAUGCGCGAAAAAAAUGUUCCAUUGGAUACAUUAGAAGUUAAAGAAAUAGUUCAAUCAUUUGCUAUCGAACCAGCUGGACAUAAAUUAGUUGUAAUCACAGGUGAAAAUCUACGAACCAAUGUCACAUUCUAUAAAAUGGGACAAGGACAAAAGAGCGGAAAAAUUGAAACACUUAAAGUAAUGCCUCUUGCGGUAACUACAGCUAUUUGGGCACCUAAUGGUCAAUAUGUAGUAUUAGCCGCAAUGAAAACUGGCUCAUCUUCGGGUGGACAAUUAAUCUUUGUUGAUACUGCUGAUAUGUCAGUAAUGACAAAACAAGAACAUCCAGAUUUAUCUGAUGUUGAAUGGUGUCCAACAGGUCGUUAUGUCGCAUCAUCAGUUAAUUUAUGGAAUGCUAAACGUGAUCAUUCAUUUAAAAUCUGGACCUUUCAAGGUAAUAUGAUAUUUGAAAAGACUGUUGAUAGAUUGGUCGCAUUCCAUUGGCGUCCACGACCACCAUCAUUGCUUACAGAAGAUAUGGUUAAAGAUGUUCGUAAAAAUCGAAAUGUAUGGACACCAAGAUUAGAUCAACGAGAUCGUAUUUUACGUACCGGUGAAUCAGCUAAACAACAAGAACAACGACGAAAACAACUUGAUGAAUUUCAAAAACUUAAAGAGAAAAAUACCAAACGUUUGGCUAUACAAAAACAACAACGUAUCGAUUUACGUAGAGGUGUUGAUACAGAUUCCUUAUUUGAUCAACAAUCAUCUAAUGUUGGUGAAGAACUUGUUGAAUUUCUUAUUAAAUCCGAAGAAGUCGAACACAAACCGUAG